AUGUCAUAUCAAUAUUUAUUUAAAUACAUAAUAAUUGGAGAUACUGUAAAAUUAUACAUUAAAAAUAAAAUUAAAUUAAAAUUUUAGGGAGUUGGCAAAUCAAGUUUAUUAUUAAAAUUUAUAAAAGAUUAAUUUAAAGAUUAACAUGAAAUUACAGUCGGAGUAGAAUUCGGUUCUAAAAAUAUUAGAAUUAAUAAUAUAAAUGUUAAAUUAUAAAUAUGGGAUACUGCGGGAUAAGAAGAUUUUAAAUGUAUAAUACGUUCAUAUUAUCGCUCAAGUGCGGGUUCAUUAAUAGUAUAUGAUAUUACUAGACGAGAAACGUUUUAAAAUAUAGUAAAUUGGUUAAAUGAAGCAAGAGAAAAUGGUAAUAGUUAAAUGGUUUAUAUGUUAAUUGGCAAUAAAUGUGAUUUAGAAACUUAAAGGUAAGUUAGCUAUGAAGAAGGUAAAGAAUUAGCCUUAUCAAAUGAUAUGCUAUAUAUAGAAACUUCAGCAAAAACAUAAUAAAAUGUCGAAUAGGUUUUUUCUUAAACUGCCUAUUUAAUUUUAGAAAAAAUAUAAAAUGGUAAUAUAGAUCCAACUAAUCUUAAUAAUGGGAUUAAAAUUGGAUAAGAAAUAUAAGGAAAUUAGGGAAAUGGGGAUGGUUUUAAAUUAAUUAAUAAUAAUUAAAAUGAAAAUAAAAGCGAGAAAUAAAAAAAUUGUUGUUGA